AUUCCCCCUUUUCUCCAAAAUAGUUCUCUUGUUUGAUGCCCUGCCCUCCCUCCCUCCUAUCUGCCGCUGAACCAGAACAAGGAAUAAGAAGCAGGAAGUAGACAGCUCUUCCGAUUUUUCUUCUUCUGCCUUCUUUCUCUGUAUCCUCGUUCCUCCGCGUCCGCCAUGUGAGCGGAUGGACCAAUGGCGUGUUCCCCGAAACUAUACCUCUACUCUCCCCCAACCGCCAACCGAAGCGUGCUAGCUUUGAGCUUCAGCAGCUAGCUGCCCUCCCUCUUCAGAUUUCCUCACCUCCACAUUUCUUCUCCUACCUUCGAUUCUCCUCUACGGAAAGCAGCUGCAGAAGAAGCAGAAGUAGAAGGCGUCGAGCAAGGUUUUCCCUCCUCUUCCUUUUUUCCACUGCUUCAACUCCGGCCGGUUCCCUCCGCAUCGCGCCAAACCGCGGCGGCAGCUAUAAGCUAGAGCUAUUAUCAGCAUCGAUCGAUGGCGACGCUAUCGGAUAUCUCGCUGUCGGCGGCGAUCAAUCUCCUCAGCGCCUUCAUAUUCCUCAUAGCAUUCGCAAUCCUGAGGCUCCAGCCCUUCAACGACCGCGUCUACUUCCCCAAAUGGUACCUCAAGGGCCUCCGCGCCAGCCCCACCAACUCCAGCCGCGGCGCCGUCACUAGCGUCGUCAAUUUGGACUUCCGCUCCUACCUCCGCUUCCUCAAUUGGAUGCCGGAGGCUCUCAAGAUGCCCGAGCCGGAGCUCAUCGACCACGCCGGGCUCGACUCCGCCGUCUACCUCCGCAUUUAUCUCCUAGGACUCAAGAUUUUCGUCCCUAUCGCCUGCUUGGCCUUCGCGGUGCUCGUCCCGGUUAAUGUGACCAAUCACACCCUUGACAAGGUUGCCAAUGUUACCGCCAGCAACAUUGACAAUCUCUCUAUCUCCAAUAUUCCACUUGAAUCUCAACGGUUCUGGGCGCAUAUAGUGAUGGCCUACGCAUUCACCUUUUGGACCUUGUAUGUAUUGAUGAAAGAGUAUGAGAAAGUUGCUUCGAUGCGAUUGGCCUUCCUUGCCUCUGAGAAACGCCGCCCAGAUCAAUUCACGGUCCUUGUUCAGAAUGUGCCGCCGGAUCCUGAUGAAUCCGUGAGUGAGCUUGUGGAACACUUCUUCCUGGUCAAUCACCCAGACCACUAUCUCACUCAUCAGGAGGUAUACAACGCAAACAAGCUAGCCAGCUUGGUGAAGAAGAAGAAAAGCUUGCGGAAUUGGCUGGACUUUUACCAACUCAAGUAUUUUAGGAACCAAGCUCAGCGCCCUAUGAUCAAGACUGGAUUUUUGGGAUGUCGGGGAGAAAAAGUCGAUGCUAUUGAUCUUUACACAUCCAAGAUUGAGAAGAUAUCCAUGGAAAUAGCUGAGGAGAGGGCAAGGGUGGCGAAAGAUCCAAAGGCAAUAAUGCCAGUUGCUUUCGUCUCAUUCAAAACUAGAUGGGCUGCAGCUGUUUGUGCGCAAACUCAGCAAUCAAGAAACCCAACUCUAUGGUUGACUGAAUGGGCUCCAGAACCACGCGAUGUAUAUUGGCAGAAUCUGGCCAUUCCUUACGUGUCCCUCACUAUCAGGCGGCUUAUAAUAGGAGUUGCAUUCUUUUUCCUCACCUUCUUCUUCAUGAUCCCCAUUGCAAUGGUGCAAUCUCUGGCAAGUAUUGAAGGAAUUGAAAAGGCAGCACCUUUUCUGGAGCCUAUAGUCGAAACGGACUUUAUUAAGUCGUUUAUCCAGGGCUUCCUUCCUGGUAUCAUUCUCAAGCUAUUCCUGAUCUUCCUACCAACUAUACUGAUGAUGAUGUCCAAAUUUGAAGGCUUUAACUCCCUGUCCUCUCUGGAGAGGAGAUCAGCUACCCGGUUUUACAUAUUCAACAUUGUGAAUGUCUUCCUUGGGAGUAUAAUUGCUGGAACUGCAUUCGAGCAGCUGAAUACUUUCCUGAAGCAGUCCACUAGCGAUAUCCCGAAGACAAUAGGUGUGGCGAUCCCCAUGAAAGCAACUUUCUUCAUAACCUACAUAAUGGUCGAUGGCUGGGCCGGCGUUGCUGGAGAAAUCUUAAUGUUGAAGCCGUUGAUAUUUUACCACUUGAAGAACUUCUUCCUGGUGAAGACUGAAAAGGAUAGAGAAGAAGCUAUGGACCCGGGGAGUCUUGGUUUCAACAUAAAAGAGCCCCGGAUACAGUUCUAUUUCCUCCUGGGGCUUGUCUAUUCAACCGUGACUCCUGUCCUCCUCCCCUUCAUCAUCAUCUUCUUUGCCUUUGCUUACGUUGUCUUCCGCCACCAGAUCAUAAAUGUGUACAACCAAGAGUACGAGAGCGCAGCGUCAUUCUGGCCAGCCGUCCAUGGCCGCGUGCUCAUCGCGCUGAUCAUCGCGCAGCUGCUGAUGAUGGGGCUGCUGAGCACCAAGGGAGCAGCACUGGCCACUCCAUUUCUAAUUGCUCUGCCUGUGCUGACAUUUUGGUUCUACAGAUUCUGCCAGGGAAGAUACGAACCAGCAUUCGUCAGGUACCCGCUGCAGGAAGCAAUGAUGAAAGACACUCUGGAGCGGGCCAGGGAACCCAACCUGAACCUGAAGGGAUACCUUCAGCAGGCGUAUGUUCACCCGGUUUUCAAGAGCGCGGAUGAAAACGACGACGACGUGGAGGAUGAUGAGGAUGGCGAUCUGGCUUACUUGAGCGGGAAGAUCGAGGGUGACACGGCGCUGGUUCCGACGAAGCGCCAGUCGAGGAGGAGCACCCCAGCUCCCAGCAGAGUGAGCGCAGGGUCCUCGCCGUCCAUGUCGGAGGAGAGAAGUCAUGCUGCCAAGGGUGGCCCUCCUGAACCGUAG